GGGCGGUCGCGGGCACAGAGCGUCCGCCUGGUCUCCGGAGCCGGGAGCAGCCUCGGCGGCCGCGCCUCCUGCCCUGCGUCCUUCCAUCCGGCCCUCGGCCCCGCCGUGCGGCACCAUGCCCGCCGUGGACAAGCUGCUGUUGGAGGAGGCUUUGCAGGACAGCCCCCAGACUCGCUCUUUACUGAGUGUAUUUGAAGAAGAUGCUGGCACCCUCACGGAUUAUACCAACCAGCUGCUCCAGGCCAUGCAGCGCGUCUACGGAGCCCAGGUAUCCUGCUGCUCCUCACCCGAGAGGCAGAGUGGGGGCCCUCUGCCCUCAUCUGGAACUUCCCUCAGGGGGUUGAGAAAUUUGAAGGAGGUGUCCCCUUCAAUCCCUGCACCACCCUACAGCUACAUUUAUCACAUCCGAACUGCCCUUCCCUCCCUGGCUUCAGAUGCUUCUGUGGCUCCCUGUGACAGCGCAGCAGAGAAUGAAAUGUGCCUGGCCACACAACAGCUUUCUAAGCAGCUCCUGGCAUAUGAGAAACAGAAUUUUGCUCUUGGCAAAGGCGAUGAAGAAGUAAUUUCUACACUUCACUACUUCUCCAAAGUGGUGGAUGAGCUUAACGUUCUCCAUACAGAGCUGGCUAAACAGUUGGCAGACACAAUGGUUCUACCCAUUGUACAAUUUCGAGAAAAGGAUCUCACAGAAGUAAGCACAUUAAAGGAUCUCUUCGGACUCGCCAGCACUGAGCAUGACCUCUCAAUGGCAAAAUAUAGCAGGCUUCCUAAGAAAAAGGAGAAUGAAAAGGUGAAGACGGAGGUGGUGAAGGAGGUGGCAGCUGCCCGGCGGAAACAGCACCUUUCGUCCCUGCAGUACUACUGCGCCCUCAACGCGCUGCAGUACAGGAAGCGCAUGGCCAUGAUGGAGCCCAUGGUGGGCUUCGCCCACGGACAGAUUAACUUUUUCAAGAAGGGAGCAGCGAUGUUUUCCCAAAGUAUGGACAACUUCUUAUCCUCCGUGUCGGACAUGGUUCAAAGCAUUCAGGUGGAACUGGAAGCCGAAGCAGAAAAGAUGAGGGUGUCCCAGCAAGAGCUGCUUUCUGUGGACGAAUCUGUUUACACGCCAGACUUCGAUGUAGCUGCACCACAGAUCAACAGGAACCUCAUCCAGAAGGCCGGUUACCUUAACCUUAGAAGUAAAACAGGACUGGUCACCACCUCCUGGGAGCGGCUUUACUUCUUCACCCAAGGCGGGAACCUCAUGUGCCAGCCCAGGGGAGCCGUGGCUGGCGGCUUGAUCCAGGACCUGGACAACUGCUCCGUGAUGGCGGUGGAUUGUGAAGACCGGCGCUACUGCUUCCAGAUCACCACCCCCAAUGGGAAAUCGGGAAUAAUCCUCCAGGCAGAAAGCAGAAAGGAGAAUGAAGAGUGGAUAUGUGCAAUCAACAACAUCUCCAGGCAGAUCUACCUGACUGACAACCCCGAGGCAGUCGCCAUCAAGUUGAAUGAGACGGCUCUCCAAGCAGUGACUCCCAUUACAAGUUUUAGAAAAAAGCAAGAAAGCUCCUGCCCCAGCCAGAACCUAGAAAAUUCAGAGGUGAAAAAUGACAACACUGUUCCCAAAGCAACAGUCAGUGUACCCGAAGCUGAGGAACUAAUUGCGCCUGGAACACCCAUUCAGUUCGAUAUCGUACUUCCUGCGACAGAAUUCCUUGAUCAGAACAGAGGGAGCAGGCGUAUGAACCCUUUUGGUGAGACUGAGGAUGACGCAUUCCCAGAGGCAGAAGAUUCUCUUUUGCAACAGAUGUUUAUAGUUCAGUUUUUGGGAUCGAUGGCAGUUAAAACAGACGACACUACCGAAGUGAUUUAUGAGGCGAUGAGACAAGUGUUGGCGGCACGGGCUAUUCAUAACAUCUUCCGUAUGACAGAAUCCCAUCUGAUGGUCACCAGUCAGAUGCUGAGGUUAAUAGAUCCUCAGACUCAAGUAUCCAGAGCCAAUUUUGAGCUCACCAGUGUCACCCAGUUCGCUGCUCAUCAAGAAAACAAGAGACUGGUUGGCUUUGUGGUCCGCUUGCCUGAAUCCACAGGCGGAGAGUCUCUGAGCACAUAUGUUUUUGAAAGCAACUCAGAAGGCGAAAAGAUAUGUUAUGCUAUUAAUUUGGGAAAAGAAAUCAAUGAGGUUCAGAAGGAUCCAGAAGCAUUGGCUCAAUUAAUGCUGUCCGUACCACUAACCAAUGAUGGAAAAUAUGUACUAUUAAACGAUCAACCAGAGGACAAUGAUGGAAGUCCACGCGAAAAUACAGGCGCAGAAUCUGAAGCAUAACUCUUGCGCUUUUGGGGGAAGAGCACCCAAGGAGAGCUACCUCCUUAAGGGUUUUCAACUUCUCUGAUACGCAGGCACACGAACUGAUUUCAGAAAGCUGACAAUCGCUUGUGGAAUGGACUCUCGAUGCCUUGGUACUGAGACUUGGGAGGGAAACAGUAAGAAAUGGUUGACAACAGUCCUACCCAUCUACAAAUGUUAUUUUAGGUGCUUUGUGGUAAGUCCUUUUCUUAGAUUAUUAUUCAGCGCUCAGAUCGAAAAUUAUGAGAAAAUGCAUCGUUCACUUUAUUUGAAUGUCAUCUUUUCAGUUUCCAGUAUCCUUUUUUAAAAAUGGCAAAAGCCUAGAUUUAUAAUUAAACACUAAAUAUUUCCUAUUAAUAUACUCUAUUUUUGUAUUUUACUUAAUAAGCUUUAAGUGCCUGUCAUUCUGAAAAUUGUAUUUAUAAUCAAGCUUGUCUCAUAAUUGGACCUAAUAAGCAUUAAUCUGUGCAGUUAGGUGCCGAGCCCUGCUCUGAGGCUCGAGCACUAGCAGCAAUGCAGGUCUAGUUUUUAUCAUUGUUCCAGGCAUCAUGCAAUAAAAACUAGCAGAUGAGUACCACAAAAGAUACUCAGUUUUACAGUGGAUCCUUAAUGAACCAGCAUUCAGAAGUUUACGAUCCUUUAGAUGUUACUGUUUUUAGUGGUGGAUCACCAUGAACAGCUCUGCCAGGUCCUGUUUCUUCUGAGCCAGACCCUCCUCAAGGAAGGGGCCAAUUAAUUUUAAAACUCACUUGAAGAGCAGUUGGUUUAAAGUUCCUAUUUCCACUCUGGCAUCCCAGCCCACUCCACCAUUCCCUCCUACCCAUAAAAUAAGUAUAAUGAUCUUGAAUUGGUACAGUGUGUUUAAUUAUAACCAAGUUCAACAGAAUGUUAUUGUCUUUGUAAUAAAUUAACCUAGCAAUAAAUGCUAGCAAAUAAAAUCAAUCAUUCUGUUUC